ACAGACAGAGUCUUCUUCACAUAACGACGUUCGAAUUUACACAAGAAGCAAAAAAAAAAAAAAACAAAAGCAACCAAAUAAAUAUCCGAGCGAGUGAUAAAAAAUAAAUAGAUUUUGGAAAAAAAUCAAACAAAAAAGUGAACUGAAUUGCAAGAGAAUUACAAAAAUAAAAUAUUUACAAACAAACGUGUGUUGAUCUGCAUCGAGUGCGUGUUUUGAUAUUUUGACAAACUAAUCGAUAGAUGCAUAUGAAUUCCAUUAAAUAAACGGAACUAUUGUUGCUGACAAAUUUAAAAUAAAACAAAAAAUUAUCUUUAGAAAAACCAUAACAACAAUAACAACUGAAGUGAACGUUUUUUUUUCAGUUCAUUUAAUUUGAAUAUUACCUGACUUGAAAUCAUAAACAUCACUUGUCGUCAGUUCAAUCUGUCAGUGGGCUGUCGACAGCAGCAAUCCAAAAAUUGAGAUACAACUUCAGGCGAUUUCAUCAGUCAAUUGAAUUUAUUUUUUUCGGUUUUCAUCAAUCGCUCGCUGUUCGUUGGUCAGUUCAUCGAGUGACAACAAAGGCGUUGAAAAGAAAUACAAAAAAGAAAGUUUUCAGCUUGACUCCAUAUUUAAGCAAAAAAAAAUAAAAACACAAAAACAUCUUUUGUUUUGUUAUUUCAUUAUACAAUAUAUUAUUAUUGUUUAAAAAUUGUUUGGUGUAUUUGUGUGUGAGUGUGUCUUUUUGCCUACAUCCAACUUUGGCCCCAUAUUUGAAAGAUAAAAAAUCCCACAACAACCUACGAUAACAAAGUUCAAGUAAUACAACAACAAAACCAACAACCACAACACCAAUAAACCAGCAACAUAAACUAUAGUUUAUUCAUCACCAUCAACAUCACCAUGGCUAUAAAGUUAAACGCAGCGAAAGUUUCUUUGGCACUUUGCCUAUUCCUAACUGUGGCCGGCCACAGUUCCUUUAGGCAAAUGUCGGCUCAAGCCUCAUCGAUACCCAUUUGGGAAUUUUUAACACGAAAUGAAAAGAUGUCUUAUUUGUAUUCCCAUUUUGCCCAAUUGGUGAGCGUGCACUGUAAAACAACAGCAGCAACGUCAAACACACCGGUCAAUCAAUGCAAACAUGAUUUGUUGAAUUAUGGCUAUGAGAAAUUACAAACGUUUGCGGAUAACCAACUGGAGGCAAUGGAUCCCUAUCAACGGAAUUCGGAAAAUUUAAUUUGGACUUCAAUUAUGCGUGAUCACCCCAGCUCCCAAUUGAUUACCACACGCAAACCGGCAUUGGCCACACCUCCGGCAACAAGUAUUAUCAUUCUUACCCAUCAACAACCGAGUACUCCAAAAUCUAAUCCCAUAGAUGCCACAACAACAACAACAGAAACACAAUAUCCACACAAUCCCAUGUUUGAUAGCAGCGAACAAAAACACCAAUAUGCCAUGGAUAUGGACAUUGCCUAUGGUUAUCCCAGUAUGGCCCAUAAUCCGCAGGUUGAUGUCUUCGAUGUGGGCAGUGUUCAGAAAACCUACCUAACUGGACCCUCUGUGGUGCGUGUCAAGCCCGAUGGUACACCCGUCGAAGAGGACAAGAAUAAACCAGUGGUCAAGGAUGACGAUUUGGAACACUAUGUCAAUACUGGACUCUUUGGAAGUGAUAAUACCAAGCCGGUGGCACACACACACACUCCCACAGCCACAACAUCAUCCAAUGGCAAACAUAGAAAAAUUGCCACCAUUAAUGCCCUGAAACAACAAUAUUUGACGAAUCUGGCAAUACAGCAACAACAGCUAUUGCCACCCUAUGAACAUUCCCGCAAUCCACGUCAGGCAUAUUGAGGGGACGUUUUUCUUAUAAUGUCACUAAUUUGCAGGAACGUUUUUGGAAGACAUUGAAUAAUUUCGAAAGUGUUUUACUUUUCAGUGCGGAAAUGACGAUCUUCCGAUCAUUUCAUUAGCCUUAGCUUUAUAUAUUUGUAUUUAUUUUUAUAUAAAAAAAAACAAACAAACAAAAAUAGUAAUUUAAGUGCAUUUUUUUCUCAGUGUGAUUGUCAAAAACUAAUAAGAGUGAAUGUUGUACAUUCCAGAUUAUCGAUUUUUUUUAUGUAUGUGUAAAUGUGUAGAGAACAAUGAAUGAAUGAAUGUGUCUCCGAAAUCUCUUUCUUUCUUUCUUUCAUAUAAUUAUUCUUCUUUCAAUAUCUUCCUUCAAUUUUAAGAACAUUUUUUUUUUAUUUUAUAUGCAUGCAUACAACUCAUGGAACGAUUUACAUACAUUUUAUAUAAAUAAUAUUUGUAUUAAUUAUUUAAUAGAUAUAUUUUUGUAAUGUGUCAUUUAUUUACUCUUCUAUCCUCUGUUCUGUAUCAUUUAUUUUAUUUGUAUUCUACGUUUUUUUUGGACAUAUAAUAUAUAUUUUUUAAUUAUUUAUUGAGUGCUUUAG